AACGGCACUAAACUGAAACGCAAUAUUUGUUCCGUGAACACUUUUCUCUUUGUUCUCUCCAUUAUAAAAAUUUAAUCAACAAACAACACAGGAAGAGCCAGAGAGCGAGAGCCAAAAAAAAAAAAAAAAAAAGAAAUCAAAAACAGCGAUGCCAGAAUACUGUGUGACAGGAGGAACAGGCUUCAUAGCUGCUUACCUUAUCAAAGCCUUGCUAGACAAGGGCCACACCGUCCGAACCACAGUUCGAGAUCCAGGGGAUGCGGAAAAAGUUGGGUUUUUGUGGGAUUUGAAAGGAGCCAAGGAAAGGCUUAAGAUUUUCAAAGCAGAUUUGAUUGUUGAAGGAAGCUUUGAUGAAGCUAUACAAGGUGUUGAUGGAGUCUACCAUACUGCUUCACCAGUCCUUGUCCCCUGUGAUGAUAAUAAUGUUCAGGCAGCUCUAAUUGAUCCAUGUAUAAAAGGCACUUUGAAUGUGAUAAAUUCGUGCUCAAAAUCAGCUAGUGUGAAACGUAUUGUUCUUACCUCUUCCUGCUCUGCAGUAAGGUACCGCUAUGAUGUUCAACAGGUUUCUCCUCUCAACGAAUCUCAUUGGAGCGAUCCUGAAUACUGCAAACGCUAUAAACUCUGGUAUGCAUAUGCAAAGACUACAGGAGAGCAAGAAGCUUGGAAAAUGGCAAAGGAAAAGGGAAAGGAUCUAGUCGUGGUAAAUCCAUCUUUUGUAGUUGGUCCACUUCUGGCACCAAAACCAACCAGCACUCUGCUUCUCAUACUUAAAUUAGUCAAAGGCUUGAUAGGUGAAUACCAAAAUACAACAAUUGGGUUUGUGCACAUAGAAGAUGUGGUAAGAGCUCACAUAUUAGCAAUGGAGGAUAGCAGAGCAUCAGGCAGGCUUAUAUGUUCAGGCCCAGUGGCCCAUCUGUCUCAGAUCAUUGAAAUGCUAAGGGCUAAAUAUCCAUCCUACCCGUAUGAAAACCAGUGUGGAAAACAGGAAGGAGACAGUAAUCCACAUAGCAUGGAUACAAGUAAAAUUGCUGAACUUGGAUUUCCUCCUUUUAAAACACUUGAACAAAUGUUUGAUGACUGCAUCAAAAGCUUCCAAGACAAAGGUUUUCUGUGAACAACAUUGUGAGGCCAGAUAAAAAAUGCUCCUAAGUCUUUUUUUUUUUUUUUUUUAACCUCUUUUUAUUUAUUAAUCAUCGUCGCAGUAAACAGUUUAAUAGUUAAGAAACUAAAUGGGGUAUGGAAUAGCACCUAGUCUUCUUUAUUUGAAGUGCUAUGGCAUUUUAGGAAAUGUUGGUGGAAAAAUUACCCAUAGUCCAUGGAUAUGUGGUAUUUAUUUGGGCCGUCCAACCUAGUCCAAAUAAGAAUUUUUGGACUUCGAGAGGUUCAAUUAAGCCCAGCAGAUUUUGGGCCCGUAGCUAUGGACAUAAGGUUGGAACUCUUUCGUUUUAGUACAAAUAAUACUUGGAACUUUUAGUUCA